GCUAUUUGCUUACAUUAAAGAAUGAUUAGGCCCCGUCUUUUAUCUCCUCCUCCUCCCUCCUCCUCUUCGAGACCCUUCCGGUUCCAGUCUUGUCGAUUUAGCUUCCCGCCAUGGCUGUCGAGAUCUGCGUGAAGGCUGCUGUUGGUGCCCCUAAUGUUCUUGGAGACUGUCCGUUCUGCCAGAGGGCGCUUCUCACUUUGGAGGAGAAGAGUAUCCCUUACAAGAUUCACCUGAUCAAUGUCAGCGACAAGCCCCAAUGGUUUUUGGAAGCGAACCCAGAAGGGAAGGUGCCUGUCAUCAAACUUGAGGACAAAUGGAUUCCUGACUCUGAUGUUAUUGUUGGCCUCAUUGAAGAAAAAUAUCCAAACCCUCCUCUUUCAACUCCCCCAGGGGUCGCUUCUGUUGGAUCCAAAAUAUUUUCCUCUUUUGUCAAGUUCUUGAAGAGCAAGGAUCCCAGUGAUGGGUCAGAGCAGGCUUUGCUUGAUGAGUUGAAGGCACUGGAUGAACAUCUGAAGGCACAUGGACCAUAUGUUAAUGGAGGAAAUAUUUCUGCGGUUGAUUUGAGUUUGGCACCCAAGCUGUACCACCUUGAUGUGGCUCUUGGCCAUUUCAAGGGUUGGAAAGUCCCUGAAAGCUUGAGUCAUGUCAAUAAUUACAUGAAGUUGCUUUUCUCACGAGAGUCGUUUGAGAAGACCAAGGCUGCAAAAGAAUAUGUGAUUGCAGGGUGGGAGCCAAAGGUCAAUGCAUGAAGCUAUUCUAAACUAUAGUUGAAAUGUAUGAAGGUGAGAUGACAUAUAUGUGUGUGUGUGUGCCACUAUGGGCCUUAAGGGACAGACACUACUACUACUUGGUCCUAUGCAUAAAUAAACUCUCUGUCUGAGGAUCGUUAAGGCAUCGUGUCCAUGUUAACUUGGCAUGUCCAGGCAGUUACUAGCUACUCUUGGAUGGUUUGGUCUUCUAAGAAUCUCGUUACUGCCCAAUUCGUUUGCUAACUACUGAAUGCAAUCUGUCGUAUUUUUAUUUA